ACAACUUCACUCCUCGCGUUCCCGCCAAAAAGUGAAGUUGUGUGAUUUGUUUUAUUUUGUCUAUUUAGUGUUUCUUCAGGUUUAAAUGUGUAAUAACGGUGGUUUAUUAACUGUUUAAUAUCUGUGAAAGUGCACAAAUGUGGGAAAAUGAAAUAAAGCUGCUGGACAUAACUUCUCGGGUUCCUCCAAAAAGUCCACUGAAAAAAUCUCAGUAAAUGACCACCAUUUUACUGCGAUUAUAUUUCAUCCCAUAUCAUCUCAUUUCAUUAAAUUUCAUCCCAGUUGAUUAAUGUUUCAAAUUAAUCAUCUUCAUUUCAUUUCACUCCAUAUUAUCAUUUUUCAUAAAAUUAAGAAUAUAAAGUAAAAUAAGACAUGACUUAAAGGUCUCAGUUACCAGGUCAUAAAAUCUGUUAAAAAAAAAAAAAAGGAUUAUCAGCUGUUCUGUGACAAUUUGUAUCAAACAGAUUUAGGUUAUACAAUAAAAUAUAGGUUAAUUUAAGUUCAGUUGUAUCAUAUUUAAACUGACAAAAUACUUAAUUGCUUAAUUAAUUUUGUAGCGUAAUUCAAAGAAAAAAAAACUAAUAAAAUAUCUAUAUUACUUUAAAAAAGUCAAGUAUAAAAAACCGGAACUAUUUGAUUGUUUAUAGUACGCAUAUAAUGCAAUUUUUUUAAAUUAAAUCUAUAAUGAUGGAGAAAAAUGAGACACAGUCAACAAAUUCACCCUAUCUGGCUCCUCUCCUGGCUGGAGCUAUGGCUGGAUUGUCCGUAGAUUUAACAUUAUAUCCUCUUGAUACACUGAAGACACGUCUACAAGCAGAGCAGGGCUUUCAUAAGGCUGGAGGAUUCCGUGGAGUUUAUAGAGGUAUUUUGACAGUCGCUUCGACUUCCAUGCCAACGACGGCAUUAUUCUUUGUGUCCUAUGAAACUACGAAGACACUAUGUAUACCACACAUGCCGGGUUCAUACUCGUCGCUAGUUCACAUGUUUGCUGCAAGCAUCGGUGAAAUUUUAGCGUGUGUUAUAAGAGUACCAACGGAAAUAGCAAAACAGAGAAAACAAACGUAUGUCGGGACCAAGAAGACAAGCAGUAUAUCAAUACUAUUUCAGGCAUACAAAACGGAAGGUUUUCGCAAGGGCGUAUACAGAGGAUUUGUGUCUACAGUCGCUAGGGAUUUACCGUUCAGCUUCAUAGAGAUGCCCGUCUGGGAGCUCCUGAAGACGACCCUCAGGAACCACAACGACGGACAACUGUCCAGCUUUCAGACAGCGCUGUGCGGGUCCGCGGCUGGUGGGUUCGCGGGGGCCGUCACCACGCCUCUGGACCUCGCCAAGACGCGCAUCAUGCUGGCCCCGGACUACGCGGUCACGCGGAAACUGAGAAUACGUCCGGUCCUCGAGGAGAUAUACUGUCGCGGCGGCGUCCGGGGCCUGUUCGCGGGCGCCACGCCGCGCCUCCUCGCCUUCACGCUCGGCGGCUUCGUAUUCUUCGGCGUUUAUGAUCUCACGAAGAAUCUUUUUGAGAGAAAUACGUCUCGGUAGCAAUGCCUAAUGGAGCAGUUUUUCCCCUACCUAAGCUGAUAGCCUUGAGAGGCUAUAUCAGCGUCGCCUUAACUAGUAGGUGAGCUCACGGGGCUCAAACCUGACGUCGUUGCUGGCACUAGCCCUAGCAAGAACAGUGCUUGGCAGAAUCUACCGCCGGAUCGGAAACGCGACCCGCUGAGAAGAUCAGUGUGCUUAGUGCGAGUUUUUUAACGUUCUCGAUAGCGUAAAAGUUAAUCCAAUUUUGUAUGCAGUUGGAACAGCGCCCCCUAGCGGCAAACGCACGCAAACGAUCCCAUUCCAUACAAAUAUGAGUUAACUUUUACGCUAUCGAGAACGUUAAACAACUCGCACUAAACACACAGGAGAGAAACUGCUCCGGAGCAUGGACAACGGUCCGCCAUAUUUGGGAUGCGACUCAACAGUUUAUUAGAGCAGCAGGGUAAUUAGUUUUAGGGUUCGAUUCUAGUUUGUAAAUUGUUUAUAAUAAUAAAGCCAUUUAAUUCUGAACUACAUGCAUGAUGCAAUUUACCAUUUUGUGUUUAUACAUUUUAUUUCUUACUAGCUGACCCGGCAGACUUCGUAGUGCCUCACUCGAUAAACAAAAGACCGAAACUUUUGUAUAAAAUAAACUUAAAACAAACAAAAGGAAUCCGUCCGAUGGGGGGGACAUCAAAGGAAAAACAAAAUUGUUAUUUUUACUUAAUUCCGAGCAUUUUUAUAUUUAUUUUAAACCUUUUAAACCUUCUCUGGACUUCCACAAAUAAUUCAAGACCAAAAUUAGCCAAAUCGGUCCAGCCGUUCUCGAGUUUUAGCGAGACUAACGAACAGCAAUUCAUUUUUAUAUAUAUAGAUGAUAUAUCUCGCAGUUCUACAUGUCCUACAUCUAUUCUCGCAGUUUUACAUGUCCUUCUUCAAACGAGGCUUGUGGAGAGUAUUAAGCGGUAGGUAGCGGCUUGGCUCUGUCCCUGGCAUUGCUGAAGUCCAUGGGCGACGGUAACCACUCACCAUCAGGUGGGCCGUAUGCUCGUCUGCCUACAAGGGCAAUAAUAAAAAAAAAAGUUCAGCGAGCCUCGUGACAUAGGUCUCCUCCAUUGAGCUCGGUCCUCUGCAAGUCUGGUCCAGUAUGGUCCUAGGGUUAGUUAGUUAGUGUUCAUUGUUUACCUUACUGAAACCAUUAUGACUUAAUACAGUACGGGCGAGGCCCGGAUCCACUUGUGAAUUAUCUAUGUCUGUUAAUGAUGAAUUAUACCAAAACCUAAUCUGUGUUAUUUGAAAUUGUUUGUCUAUUAAUAAAGUUGUAGAUGAAUGUUAACACUGUUGGAAAUUUAUAUCUGUGUGACAGAUUGUUGAACUUAGAAAUUAUGUUUUUUUUUUACAUUUUGUUUGUUUUUAACUUUUAUUGGAUCAAACGAAUCUGUGUUUACUGGUGGGGGCGUAUUGCGGGCCCCCUCAGGCGGGGACUAAACCAGAGCAGUCCGUAUACGAUAUAGUUCUAACAUCGUGUGUCAAAUUACAAAGUUGCAUAUAGGUGUAUAAUGCAUUUCAAAUAAAAAUGUGCAUGGAUCUGCGGUAUAUAGUGACGUCAUAGCUUUACUGGUGGUAGGACCUCUUGUGUCCGCGCGGGUAGGUACCACCGCCCUGUCUAUUUCAGACGCGAAGCAGUAAUGCGUUUCGGUUUGAAGGGCGGGGCAGCCGUUGUAACUAUACUUAGACCUUAGAACUCAUAUCAUUCAAAUAUAUAUGAUUGUUUUUUUUACAUCCAUGUAAUUAAUUGAUUAAUAAAAAUCUAUUCUCAAUAUUUUUCUUCAGAUGUCAAUGAAACAUUUUAAAUCUUGCUGUAUUUUAAACGUUCUUUGGAACUGAUAUAUUGCCAUAAUUUCAAUUUAAAGAAAUAGUAUAUUGUUACGAAUUAGUAUCUCACUGAAUAUAUUAUUAUGUAAUAAGGACAACAAUUAAAAUUUACUGCAAGUGUUGUGUUGUUGUUUAUUUGGCUUAGUCGCGUUUCAUUGUUAUUGUUGUUUUAUUGUUAUUUGAUUUUGUUAGUUGAUUUUAUGUAAAUUUCAAAGUGUUUACGUAAGAAAUAUCAUUGUUUGUUUGUGUUCAAUUUCGGUAAGUGGUCUAAUGAAUGAUUGUACUAUUUUUUGUUUGAAGUUAUAAUCAAAAUAAAGAUUUUCUUUUUGUGCAAUAAGAA